AUGUUGGGUGCUGCGUCUCCAAAACGAGGCUUUGAGGUCGAUACAGGUGCCAGGAAUUCGCGUGUCCCAGGCUCGUGCAAUCGGAGUGCAUUGGAAGAUACUCACGAUAAUGAUAGCAACAGCCCACGCGAGCGAUAUCCCACCCAGGAUCAUGGAGGCAGUCCGUAUUUCCUUUGUGGGAAAGAUGCGACAGUACAUGAGCAGGAUAGAAAGUUUGGUGACUACUAUCGUUGUGACAUAGAGAUGCACUCGAACACCACCAGGAGCUAG